CAACCAUCAACAGACCAAAAAUGAGUAGCAAAUACUGUCUAGUGUUGCUCCUCGGGGUGGUGCUUUUAAGCAGCACUGCCUCACUAGCCGACCACCAUGAGCCUUCCAAACAUGACCCCAAAUCUCCAAUUCACAAGCCCCCUUCUCCUCCUAAACACAAACCUCCCACCCCACUUGAUCACGGGGACAAGCCAUUUCCUGAACACAAACCACCUCUCAAGGGUAAGGGAGAGAAGCCUCCACCAAAACACAAGCCACCGCAUGAGAGUCAUCCUGAACGCCAUUUAGCUGUAAAUCCAAAUUUGGAUGGCAAACCUCCUAAGAGAUCAGAAAAGCCCCCACCCCCAAAACACAAGCCACCAACCAGCUCACUUGACAAAGAAGAAAAGCCAUUCCCAGAACACAAACCACCCUCCAAGGGUAAGGGAUCAGAGAAGCCUCCACCAGAGCACAAGCCACCACAUGAUCAUCACCCUGGACGCCGUUUACUGGAGUCGUCCUCUAAUAAACAAAAUUCACCAAGUUUGGAUGGCAAACCUCCCAAGGGUAAAGGAGAGAAGCCACCUCCAAAACACAAGCCACCUCAACAUCAUCACCCUGGACAUCCUUCAGAGGAGGAUGCCAAAAACUCCCACAACACGCCUCAGAAGUUGAAGCCUCCAACCACGCCUGAAAAGAAGCCACCAAGUCCCUCUCACAAGCCACCCCACAAACCUCCACAAGCGAACUGAAUGCAUGUUAAUUUAUGUAUGUAGAAAUAAAUAAGAGCUGCAGCAUAUGCUACCAUUCAUGUCGGUCACUGUUCUAUACAUGAACAGUUACUAGCUACUGGUAGUCUUGAUCUAUGUUCACGUUGUGUACUCGCUUUUGUGUUUCUACUUUUGAUUUGUAGGUAGUUUAUGAUCAUCGACAUGCAGUUAUGCGCUUCCUGUGUGCAGAAUUGUCGCCUAGUUCUACUACCUCGAUUUUAAUGAAUCCUUUUCUGUCA